UAGUGACUCUACGUCUCUCGCUAUGUAAUCAACGCCGAGCCCUUGUCGCACUGCAGUUACAUCACUGAUGUGACAAUGUCGCCGCCGAUCCGCGAAGAUGCCUUGCGCACCCGCUCGCGACUAAACCUGGAGUCCGUUGACCCCUCUACCAUAUAAAUCGUCUGCAAACUCGCCGGUUGAACAAAAAACGCGAGCCGGUUCCGCGAUUUAGUAUUUUCUUUUCAAGGGGAUGAUACAGGGCGGGGUGUCAUGUCAAUUCGGUAACAUAUCGCGAGGCUGGAUCUCGAGCAUAAAGGACGAGGUCGUGUAAUUAAUAAAAAAAGAUCGCGCAUUAUUUACAGGAAAAGGAAUUGUUAUGAAUAAGCAAGGAUUAAAAAAUCUGGUGUAAAGUGAGGGGUGACAAUUACGGUAAUUGUGCUUGUUCCGUGAGGUGUAUGUUUUGGGCCAGUGCUGAUGUUUUAAUUGUUUUAAUUGUGAGUUGGUCGGUAAUAAAAAUCAAGGGGUGGGUGAUGUCUUAAUCCUUUUGCCAACCUCUUGAGAUCGAUUGACUCUUUUCUGAGGUAAGGUACCAGCAAAGAAGAAAUGAAAUCCUAGAGCUUUCAAUUUUUAAACAAUUACAAGACUCGCGAUUUAUUUUUUGAGUUAAAUCAACAGUUUCUGGAGACUUUUAUUCAUGAGAGGGAGAUAUUGCAUUUGAAUGGAGUGAUGAGUGCAACCCCCGACCGGGGUUUUGUGCCCCACCGUCAGAGGCACCGGCACUACCGGCAUGAGAGACGGUACCAGGAAGAGCCAAUAGUUCAAGAGAAUUCAGAAGAGAAGAGGCCCAAGGUCAAUCCGAUCUUCCUCUGGGCAUCGCAACACGAUCAGAAAAUCGUGGAGGUGCGAUGCGAAGACUAUGAUAAACGGAAUCGUAUAAAGCUGACUAAGACUGCGCAGGGAUGGCGUUCGAUACCCAGGACAGCAUCCAAUACCUACCCGGUUUUGCUUAAUUCUGGAGUGCUGAUGGAAAUAGAAUCGAAAGACACCUCCGAAAAAGAAAAUGGGCUUAAGGAAGAUGAACAACUCAGCAGGUUGGCGAAUGGUGACUUGGAGGAGUUUAGCAUAAAGGAAAGGGUUAAUGGUGCCUGGAUAUCCAGUGACGUGGAGAAAGAGAGAAGAAGAGGGGAUGAAAUCAGAAAAAGGGAUGAAGUUAGAAAAACAGAAAUUAGAAAACCAGAUGAGUUCGGAAAGAGAGAUGGAAAUAUUAAAGAAGAUAAACUUUCAGAGAGAAAUAAGAUUAGGAUUAGGGAUGAUUACAGAAAGAGGAAGAGGGACGAAGAAGUUCUGGAGUAUGUAUCUCUCAGUGAUGAAAUUAAGGGAUGGAAGUCAGGAAAGAGGAGAAACGAUUACCGGAGGCAAAAAAGAAAAAGAACGAUUUUGGAGGCGCAAUAUGAGGAAAGAAAUGAUGAUCCGGUUGAAGUAGAGAAGGAUGAACUUGAGGAAACCAGCAGAAAAAAACAAAGAUGCAUCGAUCUUAAUGCGAUGGGGAAAAAUCGAUUGAUGCAGCCUCGAGUGGUUUUGGAACAACUGCAGUUGAGGGAUAAUGAAGAGGGUAAUGUAUCAAGAAACGAUGAUAAUCAAUGUUUUGAUAAGACAGCCAUUGGCGAAGGUGUGGAGACCUACAAUUAUAUUGAAGAUGUUGAAGAUGAUGAGGAAGAUGAAGAAAUAGUAAGAAUAGAACAUGAUGAAAGAGCUGAGAGCCAGGAUGCAGUAGGUGAAAUAGAAAAAGAAACAGCAUCCAAAGAAAAUGUAGUAGAAGAUCAAGCAGAAGAAGAAUCACAACACAAAGAAAAGGAACAUGAAAUGCACCACGAUGAUACCAGAGAUAAUGAAAACACUGAAUGCCAGAUCCAAACCUUGGAGCACUCAAGGGAGGAAGAUUUUCAAGACAUUCUACAAAUGUUGGACUCCACUUCCUUCUCGAGUUCAAAACUGCUUUCAAGUCUGAAGUCAGUAAAACUGUUGGAGGAGUUAGAAUUAUCCCUCACAGGUAUAGAAGAUGACGUGGUUGACAAGGCAAGAGAUCAAGUGGAGCUUCAGACAGCAGAACCGACGACAGGGAACGAUCACUUUGAAAAUAGAACAGCAUAUUUCGUUGCGGAGAAUAACAAUAUUAUUAGUAAUAAUAACCUUCUGAAUAAAAAUAAAACGAAAAAUAGCAACCUAAAUAAAAAUAAUAAUCUUUUAAAUAACAUUCUCGAGGUGCAUCAGGAUAAUCUACAAUUCAAGAAGAUAAUUGACGAAGUAGAAACAGGAGACCUAACAGUGACACAAAAUUCAUCUGCUUUGAGAAAGGAUGAAGAUAAUACCUUGAAGGAUCCUGAAACAGACAGUUCUAGAAUUCUGAAGGCUCUGAGGAACACUCCAGGAUUAUCUGUCUCAAUAGCGACAAAAUCGUCCAGUCCGAAGUCUCGAAAGAAGCCCUCGCCAGGUGGAAGUAGAUCUCCUGACUCGCAGAUGGAGUUUAGAGAGAAAAUACCAGCACCAGAUAUUGCCGAUGUAAGUCACUUCAGAGGACUCUCAAUAGCGAUACCUAGCUCGCAACACCGUACAAAACCUGAUCUCUUGCCCAUCAGACCAAUUGCAUCAGUAAGGAGCCGGAUCGAGUCCCCUGAAAGUACAGUUUCUUUCCCAAGGCUAGAAAGACAGCCUACUGCAUCACAUCGUGUAAACGAUGAAGAUGAUUGCGACUCCCAGGUAGUGGAAGAUAUGAGGAAGCAAAAGGAAGACUUUCUCCGUAUUUCAGAACAGCUUAAACGGUUUCAUGAGGAAGUGGAAGCUCCACUUCGUAAGUUGCAAAGGAACCAGAAUCCUUUAUUGCAGGUAGUGUCUAGUAGAAGCAAUGAGGCUCAAGCUAAGAACGGAAGAGAUGAAUCAGGAUUCAGGAUCCAAGAUUUAGUGGAGGAUUCUAAGUCUCAUAGGAGCAGUGCAGUUUCACCCCAACCGAGUGGAAUACCUUGCUCCCCCACAUCUAGGAGAUCUUCAUCAGCCUACCUCGAGAGACUUUUACCCAGUCCUCCAUGUUCGGUCUCUUGUUCAGAGGAUGCUAAAAAUGAUCUGACUCUGAAGGGAAUUCUUUCUUCACCCAAUAGUCUGGACUCUAGAGAAUGCGAGAAAACUAGAGACCAACUAGAGUCCCUAGCGGCUCCCAGUGAUAGUCAACGCCAGGAACCAAAUCCGGAGGCAUGGGUAGCACCUUCCCGAGAAGUGGACUAUGGGAUUCCAGAGCUCCGUAUGCCUGAAUUUCAGAUGACAGAUGUGCAAAGGCUACAUCAAAAGCAGAUUAGUGGCAAAUCCCUUUUCAAUGAGGCACAGAAUGGCUUUAUGUUAGCCCAGCAGAGAGCGAUGUACUUCUCGGACAAGCAAAUAAAGGGACCUAAGCUGCCCUCUAGUGUAGAUCAUCGGGACCAUCAGGAACCUCUCAUAGUUGAAUCCUCAAACAUACCAGAAAUGCCUCUUAGUCCAGCGAGUCAGCUUAGGGAACUUCUGAAAACAUCGGGACAUCUGAUUCCUGAUCCUCUUCUUGUGCCAAGACAUUGUCUCCCUGGAUUGGCUGCAGCGCCUUGUAUUGAGAUACCUAAACUGUUGACCUCUCGGCCAGAACUGAGGCUACCAGAGGCUCUUAAUAAGCCCGAACUUCUCCGUGAUCCAAAUCUUUUAGUAAUAUCUUUAGCUCACCUUCAAUAUGUUCUAGAUCAGGGACAGGACCCGUUUGGUAAAAAUAAACUAAGGCAAGUGUGUGAUGCUGGGAAAAAUCCGAACAAUGUUAAUAAUGUGAAUGGAAGUAGUAAAACUAAACCAAAACUUAGUUGCAAACCAAUUGGUAAACUGAUGCCGGCUCCUAUGGAUCUUUCAAGAAACCGAAAAAAUAGUUCCUACCCACCCUUGCUCAGGGUUCGAAGUGGAUUGCUGAAGCAAGAAUCUGAAGUCAGUUCAACUGGAAGCAACCUUGAGGAACAUCAUCUUUGGCAUCCGUUGUUUAGUAGUCAGAAGAAGUCGCAGCAGCAGCAAAAUUAUCACGCAACUUGGCACACCACGUUGGCGUCCUGACCGUUGUGAUUUUGACCCGGAUCUUUUGACUCCGACCUUGCUAGUAACUUCUACAACCUGACGAUUCCCGCCGACCAAGAAAACAGCUUUAAAUCUGCACCACUAAGAAGAUAACCACCACUUUCAAUUAAAUAACAGUGAAUCGAUACAAAAAACCCUCGCAUAAAAAUCUAAAAUAUGUAUGUAAUUUUGCAUUAGCAAACUUGCAAAUGUUCUGUGAAGGAGGAAGAAGUAUUGGUUAUUUCCGAUUCCUAUAGGGAAAAUAGCGUAAAUUUUCCAUUUAAAAAAACCUUUGUUUUAUUCAAUUAAACAUUUGUUUCAUUUAAAAUUCUAGUUUGAGUUAAUAAGUAUGCAUUAAUGCGAAAAAUUUAUUUAUUUAAAUGACUAAACAUUUUGAGAACAAAAAAUUUAUUUUAUUCAAUCCAAAUUUAUACUAUUUUAUUUAAUGUUAUUAUGAAAAUAAAACCAAAUAUAGUUAGGCUGCGUCUAGUCCUUCCAAACAAUUGCCGGAGCAAGCUGGAAAAGGGGAUAAACUAGACGUUCUGAAAAUUCGGAACGACUAACUAAACUCAUGAAAAAUGUGUGACUACUCAUCAAGAAUUUCGGGACGAGACACAUUGAUGCAGUAAACCAUUUUUAAAAAAAUGUUGAAAUGAAUAAAUCAAAGUUUUUUUUUAGUUUCGACGGAGUUUCUUAACAGCUAAAGCACAGCUACUCGAGAAUUAUAAGUAGUAUGCAAUAUUAAAACUAUCGAUUCUUGACAUGUUAUAGAAACGUAUUGUUUCAAUCAUUACGUGUGGAAAUUAUGUGUCGUGUGGCAUUAUACAGAGCAGAUGUAGCUUAUUCUGUUUUUCUUAAUUUAUUCAGAGAACGUCUAUAGACGGCACAUUAUAUCGACUGAGUCUUUCUCAAAAGACAUAUAGCUACUGUAAUCUAUAUACUGUCAGCGUCUAAGAAGUUACGAGGCAUUCUGUCGUUCAAAAAUAUAAUUCCAUACUUGAAAUUUAUCAAAAAUAAGAAAAUAUUGUUAUACUAUAAGGUCGUUUCCAAACCAGUAAGAGUUUAAGAAAUAUUUUUAUCUCAUGUUCAUGCAUUUGAAACCUAUUUCCACAAACUAAAGGCGAAUCCUUUUUCUACUUUAGGGAGAAAGGAAUUUGUAUUGAAAUAUUUCUUUGAGUACUCUGAUUGGUUUUGGAAUUACCUUAAGUGUAUACAAAAUAAUUUUUUACAAAUCUAAAGAGUUUUUAAUCAGUAUAUUAUAUGAGAUUUAUUUGGAGCUUAAGCAAAAAAUGUAAUUUUGACUGGCCAACAGUAAAUGGAAAAAAUAGGAUAAAAUCAUUAAAUACUUUAAGAAAUUAACUACAAAUUAGUUUAUGGAAAGCAGUUUUUAAUUUGUAAAUAUAUGUUAAGAAAUUAUAAAUGAUUUCAUAUGAAUUACAUGUGAAUUUCGGAUUCCGUAUAAAAUUCUAGAAGAUUCAUAUACUUCUAAAUGAAUCAAACGUGAAUUCUGAAUUUCGCAUAAAUUGUAGUUAGUUAGAGGGUUCUGUAUCAAUUCUAAAGAAUUCAAGUGAUUUCAAAGGAAUAAAACAUGAAUUCUAGAAUCCGUAUAAAUUCUGUAAAAUGCAAGUGAUUUUAUUUAAAUUGUAGUGAAUUCAUGUGAUCCCUAUACUUUCUAAAAGAUUUACGCGAUUUCAAAUGGAUUAAAAUGUAAAUUGCUUGAUUCUGCAUUAAUUCUAUAGAAUUCAAGUAGUUUAAAAUGAAUUCUAAAAUUCUCAAUUUGGAUUUAACGAAUUUCAAGUAAGUUCACAUAAAUUUAAAUAUGCUCCAGGUGAAUUCAUGUGAAUUACCUUUUAUACCCAAAUUCCAUAAGGAUUCUUUAUCAAUUUUUUCUGAAGUUCACAAAAAUGCUUUCCUUGAAAAUUCGAUGGAGAUUUAAGCGAAAUUUAGUCGAAAUUCUAUUUAGUUUGAAUAAUUUGUCAUUUCAGAAAAUGACUGCUUUCGAUAAAUCAGUAAACUAGUUCGUGUAUGAUGAGUUAAAAUUGUAAUUUUUAUUUAACAUUUUAAUUACAAUUUAUACAAAAAAAAAUAAAUUGAGCGGUUGGCUGCAAUAACGGUAUCCUUGCAUUUUUAUAAAUCACUUUUUUUAUUUGUUUCGAACGUAACUUUAUUUAAAAUAGAAGAAAAACAAGUGACUUCUGAAAAUUCAAUAGCACUGUUACUUUAAACAAACGUUCAAUUUAUUUCAAAAUGUUCUUGUAACGCGUUUAAAGGUGUUGGAAACAGAUCCUAAACUCAACAUUGAAUUGCCUUUUUUGACUCCAAAACUAUUCCAUUCUGUAUUCUAAGUGAGAAAUUGGAUGAUUUUAAUACUUUUUGUGUAAAGCGAUUUUUUUCGAAUGCCCGUGUUAGAACCAAAAAAAAAUUGUUUUGCGCUAAAAAUAUAGAAAUAAGUCAAAUUUUCUCUCCGAAUACAGACUUUGGUUCAAAACAGAAGGCCCUAUGUAUCUAACAUAUGUAAUUCUAGUAUUUGUGGAGUAAAAUGCGGCAAUUUAAUUUUGAUUUUAGGGCCUGGUUCCAUUGCCCUUAAAUGGACUUGUAUAUUUCAACUACAGAAAUGUUAAUGUAAAUUUUAAGAAUAAUUAAGCAUGCGCCUAUAUUUUAAAUAUAUAUUUUUAAUGGAACACUGAUCAGCUCUGGAUAAAAUUCGUUUAUCCAAAAAAAUGUGUCAUUUUUGUAGACAUAUUUUUUAGUCAUGAAUUUCAUAAAUAUUAUUCCUAGUCUCAUACCCUCGAGUCAUAACGCAAGACUGUAUAAAUUUCGAGAGAGUGUCUGGUCAAAAAGAACUCCUUAUAUCUACUGAUAUUCAUUGUUUCUAUACCUAUGUAACAAAGAAAAAAGAAAUUCCACGUGGAGUUAAAUCACGAUCCUCCGAUUUUGUAACAAAUUUUAAUUUCAAUCUGGAAAUACUUACCACUUAAGCAAUUUAUUUUUCACAUGUUUAUGUACACAAUAUUGAAUACUGAAACUGUGGGAAAUGGUAAGAAACCAGAAAGAGGAUAUAUAGUCUAUUUUUGGUACGAAUAAUGAAAAAAGUUGAUUUCUAUUUUACCGAUGUCAUAUUUUUUUAAUUCUUUAAAUCGGGUCUAGGCUAUUUGCCUUCGAUAUAUAUUUCUUGCCAUUUCUGAAAGUUUCAACGAAGAAUAUUGUGGACACAAACUUACGGAAACAGAAUUUCUCAUGUGGUAAGUAUUACUUGCCCUUAAGACAAUGAAGAAUAAAUUUCAGAUCGAUUUUAUUCGUUAAAAAAUAUCAUUUCUGUAUUUUAUAUUAUUUGACUCUAGAAACUAAAAAUUUGCCUGUUUCAAUGAUAAGUUAAUAGCUAAAUUUCUUAUUUUUAGAGCAUUUACCUGAAAUAAUUGAAAAGGAAAUCGGAGGUGCGGGAAAUAAAUAAUCUCGAAGUGGCAUUGGUUAUCUUUCCAAAAUACGUGAUAAUAAUUCGGCAAACAAAUCUCGAUUGGAAUGCGAGAAAUGCGAUAGGUGCUAUUUCAGUAGUUUUAAAGCGAUAAUAUUAAUAUAAAAUUUAAUGGAUGAUGGAAACUUGAGAGCACAAUAUGUAGAUAAAAUUGAGGAAAAGCAUGUAAAGAGAUUUUUUAGCUAGAAGAAAAAUGUUUUACGCGUAUGUACAAAUGCGUAAGGUAGAAAAUUAGUGAAAAGAUUAAGUUAAUCAAAUCACUGCUGCGAAAUCUGCUAUAGGACAUUCCACUAAAAAUCAAAAUUUAAAGAAGGACGACAUUCAUUAUUUCUUAUUAUAGAUUUAGUUAGGUAUUUUGUAAUUAUUAUUAUUAUCAUUAUUGCUGCUGUAAUAAUUAAAUUGUUAUUAGUAUUAUCCUUUAAUUAUUUUAAAUUAAUAUCGUCAGUAUAUUUUUUUGCAAAGUUCUUUCGAUUAAAAGUAGAACGAAUUUGAAAUAGAGUUAUGUAUAAAACUGUGAAUUUCGCAACAGUGAAGAACUUUCGUACCGUUAUCUAAAAUUGAAUUCGAUAUUUCACAACGAUGGGAAUGUUUUAAAUCUCGUGCUUGAGAUAUAAACGUGAUGAGUGGUUUAGGUGUUGAAUGUGCAAAAAACAAAAUGUGUGGAUUUUAUACCAAAAAAUUUAUUACUUUUUAUUGAUUAAAUUUUUUUAAUCAUCUGCCUUUUGAUUCUUUUGUUCAUAUAGUUUUAUGUUAAUUCCAUUCUAAUUGAAAAAAAUUUUGUUAUGAUAAAAUUUUUUGUUAUAGUGUAGUAGUAUAGUAAGUGUUCAUUGACGAUUAAAUUUGUAUUUUGUAGUGAGAACUAAACCUAUUGUUAUAAUAUUUUCAUUCUGUAUAAUUAUCAACAUUUCUAUAGUAUCAUAUGAUGAUGACGUGCAGGGAUUAAGUUUGUUCUUGUUUAUUUAUUCGAUAUGAAUGUGCAACGAAAAGAUUGAUGAAAAAGGAGAAACUGACUUUUAGAUCAAACUAGACUGUUUAAGCUGUAGAUUAUAUUCUAUAAGGAUCUGAUGAUUGAAAAUAUUUUGUUGAUAUAUUAUAUAUAAAUAUAUGUACAUACAUGGUAUGAUUAAUUAAUUAUGAUUAUAAGACACGAGUAUUAUACGAAUAUAUAAAAAUUAAUACUGCAACGUC